CUGCAGAGAUCCCUCUCUUUUUGACUGGGACAAGUGAGAGCGCGCGUGUAUAUGUAUUAUUACGGUAAUAUAAGGUCAACGAAAGGGUAUGCCGCUCUUAUCACUGUAUUUACGGUAAUAUCAGCAACAACAGAGAAGCUGCGCUAAUACGCGGAUUUUUUGCUCGGCAAUGUUUGAGGUCUGUUCCACCAUACCACACAGAGAUGUUCAAUGAAGCCAUAAAUGAAGUUGAGGAGAAACAUCAGUGUCAGAAACCUCAGAAUCUUGAAAGGCUAGAAAUGUCUUCAAGUAGUGGGCACAAGAACAAGAUUUUCUCUACAAAAAGAAAGCAAAGAACAGAAGCAGGCGAGCCUUUCACCUGCCCUCAGUGUGGAAAGUGUUUCAAACGCAAAUGUCAACUUGAGUGCCACAUUAGAGUUCACACUGGAGAACGACCAAACAUAUGUCCUCAGUGUGGAAAGAGUUUCACAGAUAAAUCAAAUCUUGUGGCACAUAUGAGAAUUCACACUGGAGAGCGCCCGUACAUAUGUUCUCAGUGUGCAAAGAGUUUUAAACAGAAAUCAACGCUUAAUGUGCACAUGAGAAUUCACUCUGAAGAGUGCCCAUACACAUGUCCUCAGUGUGGAAAGGGUUUUAAACAGAAAAAUAAUCUUGAGCUGCAUAUGAGGACUCACACUGGAGAGCGCCCAUACUCGUGUCCUCAGUGUGGAAAGAGUUUCAAACGCAAAUCAACGCUUGAUAUCCACGUGAGAAUUCACACUGGAGAGUGUCCAUACGUAUGUCCUCAGACUGGGAAAAGUUUUAAACAGAAAUCAAAUCUGGAGAAACAUAGGAGAAUUUACAAUGGAGAGCGCCCAUUUGUAUGUCCUCAGUGUGGAAAGAGUUUCAUAGAGAAAUCAGCGCUUAAGGUGCACAUGAGAGCUCACACUGAAUAGUACCCAUACAGAUGUCCUCAUCGAGUUUCAAGAAUUCACACUGGCAAUCGCCUGUAUGCAUGCUUUCAACGUGAAGUGUCCAUGAACAUGACUUCAAUGUGGAAAGAGUUUUCACCUUAAAAUUUCACCUCAACUGGAUUUAGGUCUGCGGAACGUGAGGGCCAGUCAAUGGCAUCAAUGCCUUCGUCGUACAGAAACUGCCUACAGACUCUGGCCACACGAGGCCGGGCAUUAUCAUGCACCAGGAAGGCCCUGCACUGCACCAGUGUAAGGUUUGACAAUUGUUCUGAGGAUUUCAUCCUGAUACUUAAUGGCAUGUAGAGGUCUGUGCGACCUUCUAAGGACAUUCAUGUUUCUGUUUGCGUUCAAUACAUUUGGUAACAAAAUAAUUCAGGAGGUAUAUUCAUGCUCUAAUUCAGACAUAAUAUUACAUAUAAAAUCAACUGCAGUGCAAACUGUAAUGCAUUAAAACAAAAAGCCGUUUACAGAUGUAGAAUUUUGUUACGAAAACAUCAUAUGUACCAGAUCACUGCACUGACAUGUAUGAAGUAGCCUAAACAGGGUCAAUUUUGUUUUGAUGUUGAUUUAAAGCAGUAAGGCUGUGUUCACACUUGACUUCUCUUUUGAAAAAGUUGACAAAGGUGCUUUUUUUUAGAAAAAAAACAAACGCUGGCCGCGUUUGGUUACAAAUAGCAGAGUCUGUGGACGAAGGCAGCCCAGAGAAACAUAUAGGCAGCGUAACGGAAGUCUGUUUGAAUUAUAAACAGAGAGCGUCUUUGCAGUAACUAAUUGCAUGUUUAAAAACUACAAUACUAAUUUCUCGCUAGAAAUGCAAUCAGAAGUUGUUGAAAGUGAAAAUUAAACUUACUUUUAUACAAAACUAUGCUCUAACAGGCGUUUCGGCUGCCAUUUAAUUUAUUCGAGCUUGAGCCUUCUCGACCAAUCAUGUUCCUCGCAUGUUGUUAUGGAAACAACAGGUCUCUGUCAUUGGUUAGCUGUGAAAAAUGAGCUUGAAGUAGUCAGAAAAGUUGAACUUUUUUCAACCUCAAAAGAUGCUCUGAGCUGCAGAAAAAGACGCCGGCACUGGCGUUUAAAAAAGCGCUCAGGAGGACGUUUUUCAAAACACGGUUUACUCCAUAGGAUUAUAAUGUAAAACAGACGCUAGCAGCUUCAAAAAAGAAGUCAAGGCUGAACACAGCCUAAGACGGUUUAAAUCAACACAUUAUUAUUUUCUUAGAAUCUUUGUACUAUGUUGACAAUUCUCACCAUGUAAACCUGAAAUCAUCAGUCUUAAGAACUGAUAAUUGUUAAGAACUGAUAAAUAAUAAUUGUUGGUGUCAUAACUAUAAAGUGACUCGUAGAUUCUGUCCUUUAUUAAUAAAAUAUUUUGAAACAUA